GGGAGAUUUUAGCACAAGGCCGUGAUGUUGCCGCGACAGGCCCCGCAGAGCAAGGAGCCAUCAUGGGCAGACAUAGCAAAGAAACCUCCCCGGCUCCCUGCGACCACCCUGCGCAGGGCUCCAGACAGCAAGUCGGAGUUCCAAGCCAGUAGCCGUCCUGAAUCGGGACCAUCGCAUCCUUGUUUGAGCCGCCCCCUCCCGAAUGGCCCUAGCUUCUCAAAAGAUGAUAACAUCGUAAGCAUGGGAACAACAGGGCGAAAGAUGUAAUGCUUAUGGAUGGAUGGAUGGAUGUAAUGGAUGGAUGGAUGUGUAUGUGGAUGCAGAAACCUGACUCCCCCCCUGGGCCUCGCAAGGAUCCCCUGCCAGCGCCGGGCUGCCCGCCGUAUGCCGUCCGGCUGUCGAGGAUCCACGGAGCCGACCCCGAGACCACCCUGCCCGACCUGUUGACGUACCUUCGCCAGCUUCGUGAGGAGAUCAGGAAGGCCAAGGAGCUCCUCGGGCUGAACUUCACCACCCCGCCCGUCGACCCGCCCAGUAAACCAGCGCCAGAGAAGGGGAGGGGACGCUUAAAGGCCAUUGAUUCCGUCCAUCGUCUCGUGUGUUCAGGUGUGGCUGAGGUCGAGGGGUUCAUCCGCCGAUGUGGCUCCGGAGGGAACCAAUGGGCGGAGAACCACAUGCCCGGCGUCGAGUACCCAGAGUGGCUGCUGGCGCUCUACAUGCCGACGGUAACCACGCUCAGCAGACAUACUGAAUGGAGUGCGUGAUUGAUUGUGUCUGUGUGGCGUUGUGCAGGUGGUGGUUGGCUCCGGCGGCUACGGGGGCAUUCAGUUGUUCAAGCGUAGAGCUGACGCUCCCAGCUCUGCCAUCCCAUUCAAGAAUCUCCCCUUCCUGCUGGUCAAGGCCCUCGCCAAGUCCACCUAUAAUAACAACAAGGCGUACCUCAUCGAGCGUGUAAGCGACUGCACAGACAGACAAGGGAGGGCAGGCAAGGAUGGCCAACGGGUGCUUCUGCGUUCGUCCAUGUCUCCCAGACCAAGGUUGAGUAUUCGCUGCAGCGGAUCGUGGUGAGUCCGUGGACUUGUACGGCCUACGCCUGGGAGCCGACGAGAAACCACGGCGUCAUAAUCAUGAGCUUCGUACCGGCACUCGACUUCGAGCACUUCAUACGCCACUGGUGAGUGAGCACACGGAACCAACACACACACACACACACACACGUGUAUGUCGUCUGUGUGUGUGUGUGUGUGUGUGUGUUGCGUGUGCUCCAGCAUGACGCUCGGGGUGCCACUCGACGCCUCCGAGUGUGGUUUGGUCUUUCUUAGCUCCGCAUUCGCACUCGACAACAUGCACCGCAACCAGUACGCCGUGCACACACACACACACACACACACAUGGACGAAAUAUCGAGUCUUUCGCCAUGGUUGGUGGUUGUGUGGUGCAUGGAUGUCUCAGUGCAUCGUACCAUAGGGACUUCAAGCUCGAGAACAGCCUGAUCCGCGAGCAGGAGGACACCACGGUGGACCAGGCGGGUCGCCCGGUGACCUACCCGCGGGCGGUCGGCUCCAUCCUCAUCGACUACGGGGCAGCAAAGUGCGACGAAUUGAAGUAUGCGACGCUGCACACACACACGCAGACAGACAGACAGACAGACACACAUCCAUUCCCUCUCCCUCUCCCUCUCCCUCUGAUGUCAUGCAGGAAGAACCCCACCGUGUACGGCACGCAAGGCAUGCUGGCGCCCGAGGAGCGGUUCGGCCCUCGCGGACUGCGGUUCGCGAAGGUCGAUGGCUGGGCGCUUGGCGCCACCCUGCUCGACUCACUCGCCUGGACACACUUCCGUCGCCACGACCUCGAUCAGAUAGACCGCUUUCGCUUCGAUUUGGUACGCACAUGUGUGUGUUCGUGACGCGACGACUUCUCGACUCUGUGUGUGCAUGUGAUCCGUCAGAAUAAUCUGUUGAAGUUGCAUUUGGAUGACGACUUUACCAAGCGCCCUGACAUUCCUGACGACUACAUCCAGAAGAAGGUGGACCAGGAGAUCAACCACGUGGAGAAGGAGUACGGGCCACUCGUGAGCGACCGGCCGCUAUUCAACGCCCUCGCAGGCAUCGCCCAGAGGCUGACCCCCAACGCGGUCAGUCGGUGUCUCCAUGCCAUAUGUGUAUUUAUUGGGUACACGUGUGUGUGUGUGUGUGUGCAGGUGCUCCGUGAGGUGUUUUAGCGUGCGACGAAGGAGAAGGCGCCACGUUCGGCGGAGGACGAGGCGCUGCAUGAGCUGUGCAUCAGCUUCAUCAGACAACAGGCCAGCCUCCCCGGCAAGCAGGGAGCCCUCCACUGGCUCAGGAUCGCGAGAGACAAUGAUGAGAUCAGGCCCACCAGAGCCACCCCUACGCCCGCACCCAAGGCCUCUGCACCCAGGGCGCCCACGCAGCAGCAGCAGAGGGGCGCAGGACCCCCACAGCAGCAACUGCUGAGGCGCGCAGGGCCCACACUGCAGCAGCACCAGCAGCGGCAGCAGCACCAGCAGCGGCAGCAGCACCAGCCUGGGCGCCCACAGCAGCAGCAGCAGAGACAGCAGCCGCAGCCAUUCCGGCGGUGACCAGGAUACACCACGACCAGAGAAGGUGUGCGUGUGUGUAAGAGAGACGUACGUAUAUGGAGGGAGGGAUACGUACACACAUACACAUACAUACGCUGGCUGCAGAUAAACUCACUGACUGACUGACUGACCGGCAAGAUAGACAGACAAGGGGUCACUGCGUGGUGUGGUGUGGUUUGAUCGAUCAGACAGACAGACACUCAGAUAGGCAGGCUAGGCUCUCCUCCUUCAUUCACACCAGCCGAGGGAGGGCGGGUAGGGGGGAGGUGGGGAGGGGAGGUAGCCAAGCCAAGCCAGCCUGUCUGGCUGUUUGAACAGAUGUAUUCAUUCGCACGCAUGAGCCCCAUCAAUCAGCUAGGUGGGUGGGGCCAGCCAGGCUAAGGCGGGCUAAUGCAAGGCAGCAUAGAUUGAUUGUCAUUCAUGUGUGUGUGUGCCGACGAGUGAGUGUCAUUUCAUGUGUGUGUGUGCCGUUUCUUCCUCUCUCUCUCUCUCUCCCUGUUGCUAUCUCUCUCUCUUUCUCUCUUUCUGUUUGUGGUUGGCUGAGACUGGAGAGAGGGAGAGGGAGAGACCAACAACGCGACUGACUCCAUGACUGGAUGCAUAUGUAUGCGGUGUGCCUCCUUCCCAGCCAGCGUCUGUGUGCCUGUCUGUCUGUUCGUCUGUGUGUCUGUCUGUUCACCGGCCAUUUUGCCCGCCCAAAUUUGGGCGGGCGGGCAAGUGUGAGCCAUUAGACCUGCCCGUUCCCUGCUCCUGCCCCCCUUGCCUUAUCGCCUCUUUCCUCUACCGACCUUCUCUCUCUGUCUCUCUCCCUCUCUCUCCCUCUCUCCCUCUCUCAGGCAGAACGGCGCAGAGGGCCCACCCCGGUGACAGACCGACACAGACAGACAGACAGAUGCGUAGUGCGGGAGUGUGCAUAUGUAAUGUGCGGCCUUUCUUUUCUAAUGCUCGUGUGCACAUAAUGGGAGUGAGGCGUGUGGGCGUGUGGGUGUACGUGUGGAUGGUCGGUCAUUCAAGUGUUGUGAGCUCAACAAGGCUGCAGGGGCAGCCACCUCUUCCUUCAUUCAUGUGUUCACGUGCAGGCAGGAUGGGACUAGAGGGCGG